AUGGGGAAAAAAUGGCGAUACGGAAUCAUCUUUGAUGCUGGUUCCUCGGGGACACGUCUUUAUGUCUACAAGUGGAAGGAUCAUGCGAAAGCCAUUAAGCACGCCUCCGUGGAAGAGCUUCAUAGUCUUCCUAAGAUCAAGCUGCAGACCAGCGAAAAGAUUCGCCCCGGCGUGUCCUCCUUCGCCGAGAAGCCCGAAGAAAUUGGCCAUGAACACCUACAAUCUCUCAUUAACAUAGCCCUCAAGGAGGUUCCCGACAAGAAGGUUGCCGACACGCCCGUCUACCUCAUGGCCACGGCUGGCAUGCGUCUCCUGCCCGACCACCAACAAAAGGCCCUCCUCCGUAACAUGUGCUCCUACCUACAACAAAAUACGCGAUUCUCGCUACCCGACUGCAAUACCAAUAUCCAGGUCAUCUCGGGCGAGACGGAGGGCUUAUAUGGCUGGCUCGCUACAAACUAUCUGCUUGGCGGUUUUGACCACCCCGACAAGCAUACGCACGGCAAAGGCCACCACACGUACGGCUUUCUGGAUAUGGGAGGUGCCUCGGCGCAGAUUGCAUUCGCACCGAACAGCACUGAGGCUGAGAGACAUGCCGAAGACCUCAAGCUCGUCCGCUUGCGUACGAUUGACGGCACCACUAUCGAGCACAAGGUCUUCACCGCCACCUGGCUUGGCUACGGCGCAAACCAGGCUCGCGAACGUUAUAUCGAUAAGCUCAAGGAACAAUACGGCAAGCCCAACGACCUCGAGCUUCCGGACCCGUGCCUUCCCGCUGGCUUGAGAACCAACUUCAAAGGCGACCCCGUCGAUGCCGAGUCUGUGGGCAAGGAACUGUCUCUGCUCGGCACUGGUCGAUUCGACGAAUGCCUACGCCAAACAGAGCCGCUCCUCGGAAAGGAUACUCCCUGUACCGAUGAGCCUUGCCUUCUCAAUGGGCAGCAUGUACCAAGUAUCGACUUCGACGUGAAUCACUUUGUGGGCGUUUCGGAGUUCUGGCACACAACUCACGGCGUUUUCGGAAAGGGCCACAAGACGGCGUAUGACUUGGCAACGUAUCAGAAAAACGUGGUGGACUUUUGCACGCAGAAUUGGAUGGAUAUUGAAUCCAACAUUGAUGCUAGGAAGAAGUCCUCCGCCCAAAAGGCAAAGACCGCGCAGGAAGCCUGCUUCAAGGCUUCCUGGCUCAUCAAUGUUCUAUACGAAGGAAUCGGCAUUCCGAGACCAGGCCUCGAACAUACGCCGCACCCCGGUCUCAAUGUCACGAAAGGAACCAUGGAGGAAGCCAAGGAAAAGGGAUUUGUUGACCCCUUCCAGCCAGUAAACGAGAUUGAUGGCGUCGAAGUCAGCUGGACCCUGGGCAAGAUGGUGUUGUAUGCCGCCGGGCAAGUCCCACCCACAGGAACUGCCCUGCCGGUUGGCUUUGGAAGCAACGUUGCCGGCGCGACAGACUUUGAACCUGCGGGAUCCAAGUUUUCCCCCAUUGCGAUCGGCGGUAAUGACGACGACGACGACUGGGACGACGCCGCUGACGAACUCCUGGACAAGGCGAAGACAAAAUCAGGCUCUGGUGUCCUGGCAUUCAUCCUGAUUUUGGCUAUUCUCGCAUUUUUCUUGCGCAAGCGAGACCGCCGAGCACGAUGGUUUGGCAAGGUUGCGUCCGCCGUACGAGGCACCAGGCGUCCGGGCAGUCCUCGAAAGUUCGGGCGCGGUUUCUCUUUUACCAACAAGCUUUUCGGACGGUCAUCGGCGACUUAUGAACGAGUUCUCGAGGAGGGCGAUGCCGAUCAGUUCGAGCUCGGUUCCGUCGAUUCCGACGAGAAUGAGCACUCCGAUAGCAGCGAGGGCUCCAGAGCAGGUCGUUCUUCCGGCCUUGCCACACCGAAACUCAACAUAGAGCGAUUCGACGACGUUCGACCAGCCUUUUCAAUGGACCGUGGCGGCUUGGCGGUGAGAACAGAGAGCCGAGAGAGGCUGGUACCGAGCCUAGUGAAUGCGGGACGUCGCAGUCGCGCUGGUAGUCCAACACGACUGAAGAGCCCGCUGAUGAAACCUUUGGACGAGGAUUGA